ACACCCAGUAAAAAUCAAAGAAGAAAAAGCCCUUGCAGGCAGACUAUGAUGCUUUUCACCCUAUGGUUUGAAUCUGCUUUUAUCUCUGACCUUGACGCUGGAUGAGGUACUGUGGAGAGGUUGCUUCUGUGAAGACAUUUUGCAGCUACACUCAACACUGGCUUCAAGGUUGAAGUUUUCAUUUUGUUACCUCAUACUUAUUUUCUGUCUCAUGGCAUGCCACUUUCUUGCACUUGUCCUGUUAAAGUGUCCACUAUGGCUAUUUAAUAUUUAAGGGCCUGGAUCAUUUUGCAGGUUUUAGUUUAAAGGUAACCAUAGCACAUACACACAUUCAUUAUUAAUUGUAGAGAUGCACUGUGAGUUCUUGGGAAUCUUCUUUCAACAUCAGUUUCAUGGGAGUGCUGCUGUCAGCAGAAGUGAGCUCUGAUAUCUCUGUAUAACCAGGGAACCAAGUGCACUGACAGCUGAUCCAGAAUGCUGUAAAGUGUUCAUAUGGGUGCGGAGAUCAUGCUAAAAAGGGAGAUGAAGCCGGAAAAUGACAGGCCACGGAGAGUCCGGUUUCGGAUCGCAUCAUCUCACAGUGGGCGCGUUCUGAAGGAAGUGUAUGAAGAUGGACAACCCCCUGGCUCUCUGGAUUCUGAAUGUGCCAGUAUCUGCGGGAUUGAUGGACUAAGCGAUUCUGAUGGACAUCAAGAUGGCCACUUAGGAUCAGAAGGCGAUGAGCAUGAGAAUGAUCAGGAUAACCUGCUUGUGUUAGCAAGGGCUGCCAGUGAAAAGGGUUUUGGUACAAGAAGAGUCAACAUUUUAAGUAAAAAUGGCACAGUGAGAGGCGUCAAAUACAAAGUGAGUGCUGGGCAAGCUCUGUUUAACAAUUUGACCAAAGUACUCCAGCAACCUUCGACUGACCUAGAAUUUGAUCGUGUAGUGAUUUAUACUACUUGCCUGCGUGUGGUGAGGACAACCUUUGAAAGAUGUGAAUUGGUUAGAAAGAUCUUCCAAAACCAUCGGGUAAAAUUUGAAGAGAAAAACAUUGCUCUGAAUGGUGAAUAUGGAAAAGAGUUAGAUGAACGAUGCCGCCGAGUUUCUGAAGCUCCUUCUCUCCCCGUUGUGUUCAUUGACGGUCAUUACCUGGGGGGUGCUGAAAAAAUUUUGUCAAUGAAUGAAUCCGGAGAACUGCAAGACCUCUUAACCAAAAUUGAGAGAGUGCAGCAUCCGCACGAAUGUCCCUCCUGCGGAGGCUUCGGUUUUCUUCCAUGCUCCAUGUGCCACGGGAGCAAGAUGUCAGUGUUUCGAAACUGCUUUACAGAUUCCUUCAAAGCCCUGAAGUGUACGGCUUGUAAUGAGAAUGGCCUUCAGCGGUGUAAGAACUGUGCCGGUUAGUUUCUACCCAAGCUAAGUUUCAUUUUAUGAAAAGACAAUACUUUGGUUUACAUGUUUUUCUUUCUUUUUUUUUUAAAGCAAGAAAUAUCAGGUUUAUGUAUUGAGUAAUAAAAUUUGUUUAUUAUAAUUCA